AUGACACCCGGUGCCCUCAUGACCGGAGACGUCGAGUGCGCCGUUGAGUCGGCGCCCAAGAAGCCGGCCCAGGCCAACGGCUCUUGGUUCGACGUGCCAGUGCUCUCCUCCAAGGCCAACUCACAAGACGUCAACUCACAAGACGCCUCCUCACAAGAUCCCUCCCACGACAUUCACCAGCUCGAGGCUCUCCUCCUCGCCUGGGCCCUCCUCCUCUACCGCAACAGCAACGGCAGCCCCGUUCAAUUCUCAUGGAGUUUGAGCGAGCUCGGCGCCGCCACCACCACCACCUUUGAGGUCAACACGUCGACGCUGGGCUGGACGGCGACCGACUCGGUCAAGGUUGCUCUCGCCGGCAUCCGCGAGUACUUGCGCCAGCAGCUCGACGCCGAAUACCCCCUCGCCGCCGACCGCUACACCUUUUCCUUCAACGACGAGUUUGCCCCUGACGGCUCGUUCAGCCACCUGAAAGAUGGCGACCACACAAUGUCCUGGGGCAACGUCCAGCUCCAAGCCGUCGUAGCAGACGGAAGCCUCUGUCUACGGCCUCACUGGCGCGAACCCCUUGGCGCAGAGUACCUCGCCACGCACUUUGUGCACUCGCUCGUCGAGAUCCUCACCACGACGCUCGCCGACGUGGCCACGCCCAUCAGCGCCGUCCUGGAGCUCGGCGACGUCGACCAGGCCGUCAUCUGGAACUGGAACAAGGACGUGCCGCCCACUGAGGACGCCUGCAUGCACACCCUCAUCUCCGACAUGGUGCGCCGCCAGCCCGAUGCGCCGGCCAUUUGCUCCUGGGACGGCGACUUCACUUACAAGCAGGUCGAGGACUACUCCGACCUGCUCGCCCACCACCUGAUCAGCCUCGGCCUCAAGGCCGGCGAUGUCGUGCCGCUGUGCUUUGAGAAGUCCCGCUGGACCGUCAUCGCCCUCAUGGCCGUCAACAAGGCCGGCGCUGCCUUUGUGCUGAUGGACCCCAGCCAGCCUCUGCAGCGUCGCCAGGUCAUGGCCGCCCAGGUCCACGCGCCCUUGAUCCUCACAUCCAAGAGCCUCGGCCCCUCUGGCAUGGACACUGCUCCCGAAGCCCAGACAGUCGUCGUCGACGAGCCCACGCUGCUCUCGCUCGCUCAGUCCUCAGCGCCGCGCGGAGACCUCCCCGUCGUGCCCACCGACGCCCUGCUGUACUGCAUCUUCACCUCGGGCAGCACGGGUAUGCCCAAGGGUGUCAUGAUCGACCACAAGACGUACACGACCAGCGCCAUUAUCCGCAGCACGGCCAUCGGCUACGCGGCCGACUCGCGCGCCCUCGACUUUACCUCGUACGCCUUCGACGUCAGCAUCGACAGCAUGCUGUGCACGCUGCUCCGCGGCGGCUGCCUGUGUAUUCCCACCGACGACGACCGCAUGAACGACCUCAGCGGUGCGAUCCGAAGGCUCAAGGUCAACAUGGCCAACAUGACGCCGUCGGUGGCGCGCAUCCUCGACGCCGACAUCAUCCCGUCGCUGCACAGCCUGGGCGUCGGCGGCGAGUCGUCCUCAGCGGGCGACAUCGCCAAAUGGGGCGAGCAUACACGCAUCGUCGUCGGCUACGGGCCUUCGGAGUGUACCAUCGGAUGCACCGUCAACCCCAGCGCCGCCGGCAAGCCGUACGUUAGUAUCGGAGCCGGCACUGGCGCCGUCAUCUGGCUCGUUGACCCGGCCGACCACAACAAGCUCGUGCCCGUAGGAGCCGUCGGUGAGCUGCUCGUCGAGGGCCCUGUUGUCGGCCAGGGAUACCUCAACGACCCCGAGAAGACGGCCGCGGCCUUCAUCGAAGACCCCCCGUGGCUGCUGGCGGGCGGCGGCGGCGUGCCCGGGCGAUCGGGACGUCUCUACAAGACGGGCGAUCUCGUCCGCUACGACCCCGACGGCGAGGUCGGCUUCAUCUUCGUCGGCCGCAAGGACACGCAGAUCAAGCUGCGCGGCCAGCGCGUCGAGCUGGGCGAGAUCGAGUACCACGUCAAGAACCUCCUGCCCGGCACCGAAGUGUGCGCCGAGAUCAUUGCGCCCCAGGGCCAGGGUAAGGAGUCCAUGAUUGUGGCCUUCAUCUCCGACCGCGAGGCAGCCAAGCCCGAGGAUGCCACUGCCGAGGCGCAGCAUCUCGAGCUCUCCCCCCGUGUGCGCGAGUUGGUCGCCGAGCUGGACGACAAGCUGUCCCAGGUGCUGCCCAUCUACAUGGUGCCGUCGGCGUAUAUUGGCCUCAACAAGAUCCCCAUGCUUGUGUCCGGCAAGACGGACCGCAAGUCGCUGCGUGCCCUCGGCGCAAAGGUGCCCCUUUCCACCGCGGCCUCAUCAACCACCACCAUCACCAAGCCCACGACCGAGACUGAGAUCUUCCUGCGUGACAUCUGGUGCCGUCUGCUCGGCCUCGAGGAAGACCAGGUCAGUACCACGCACAACUUCUUCAUGCUCGGCGGCGAGUCCGUCCUGGCCAUGAAGCUCGUUCCCCUGGUGCGAGAAAAGGGGUACGCCAUGACCGUCGCCGACGUCUUCAACCGCCCCAAGCUCGUCGACAUGGCCAAGGAGCUGAAGCGCGAGGAUGCCGCCGCGCAGGUCGCCAUGGAAGUGCCGGCCUUCUCGCUGCUCCGCGCCGACAUGGACCGCGAGGCCAUCUUCGCAGAAGCCGCCGAGCAGUGCGGCGUUGAUGCAGCCGUCAUCGAGGACAUUUAUCCUUGUGCGCCCAUGCAGGAGAUCCACGUCGCCUUCUACACGCGCUCUACCGAGAAUUACGUCGCCCAGCGCGUGGCCGAGAUUCCCAAGGCGGGUUCCGUCGAGAAACUCCAAGCCGCCUGGGACGCCGUGGCCGCCAAGAGCGCUGUCCUACGCACGCGCAUUGUCGAGUUCAAGCAGCACGGCUUCAUGCAGGUCGUCAUCAACCAGCCGACACAGUGGCAGGCGGCCAGUUCCAGUCUAGAUGCCUUCCUGGCGGACGAUGCCGCCGUGCCUAUGACGCCCAGCACGCCGCUGUGCCGCUUUACCAUUGUCCACGACGAGGUGCUCGACAAGCGCUACUUUGUAUGGACGGCGCACCACGCCAUCUACGACGGCUGGUCGAUAGAUCUGAUCCUCGAGCAUGUCAAGGCUGUCUACGACGGUCUCACCGUGUCGCGUACUGCCGAGUUUAAGCACUUCAUCCGCUACCUGGCAGAUCCCAAGCGCGCGGAGGACUCUAGGGAGUACUGGCGCACGCAGCUAGAGGGCGCAACUGGACCUCAGUUCCCAGCUCUGCCGUCGCGAUCCUUCAUCCCUGAGCCGGAUUCUCUCGAGGAGCGUUUCAUCACCAUCGACCAGUCUGCGCGGUCCGAGGCCACCAUUGCCACGGUUAUUCGCGCCGCCUGGGCGCUGGUUGCUUCUCAGUACACCAUGAGCGACGAUGUCGUAUACGGAGAGACCUUCUCUGGCCGUACUCUCCCCAUUCCUGGCGCCGAACAGAUCGAGGGUCCUAUCCUGGCCACUGUCCCCGUCCGCAUCCGUGUUGACCGCGCUGCUACCAUCCAGGAGUUCCUCCAGUCCAUCCAGGAGCAGAGUGUCCAGCGGGCAGCCCACGAGCAUCUCGGCAUCCAGAACAUCCGCCGUCUGAGCCCCGACGCCCAAAUCGCCUGCGAGGUCAUGAUGGGUCUCGUCGUCCAGCCCGCAUUGCCUGAGGCCCCCGAGCUCUCAGACGAAGACCUCCCUCCGUUCCGCUCCGGAGACCAGGCUCUCGAGGCCCUCCACUUCAACUCGUACCCCAUCAUGAUGGCGGCGUCGCUCGAGAAGUCUGGCUUCCGCCUGGUGGCCAGCUUCGACUCGCGUAUCAUGAGUCCUGCGCGAGUCAAGAGAGUACUGGCCCAGUUCGACUGUGCCGUAUCUCAACUCCGCGGCGAUCAGACACAGUCGCUGAGCGCCAUUACCUGCGUGAGCAGCGAUGAGCUGAGCGAGAUCUGGAACCUCAACAAGGCGGCGCCGCUCUCGCCUUCAAGCUCCCUCGCUAGCGGAGACAGGUAUCCCAUCAUCCGGUACGUUCCCUGGGUUGUGCACCCCAGCAACGUCAACCUGCUCGUGCCCGUUGGUACCGUCGGCGAGCUGGUCCUCGAGGGCGUCGGCGAGGCUGCUGAGACCGAGGCCCCUGAGUGGCUCACCAGCGGUGUUGAGGGCAUUGCCGGUCGCCAGGGCAAGCUCCACCACACUGGCGAUCUCGUCAAGUAUGCUGAUGACAUGAGCUUGAUCUUUAUGGGCCGCAAGGAGACCAUGACCAGCAUCGACGGCCAUGUCAUAAACCUCACCGAGACCGACAUUGAGCUGGAGAAGUUCCUCCCUGCCAACACUGCCGUCGCCAGUCAGCUUAUCCUCCCCAGAGGUUCAACUGGCCAGACUCCCAUGGUCAUAUCCUUCGUCCAGGAGAACCCUGCCGCCAACGCCCAGAUGCUUGACCUCGGCAUUGAUAACACCGAGUCUCUCCCAUUGUCGUCCAACAUCUCGAUUGAGCUCGCCACCGCCAUCAACGGCCUCAACAAGGCCAUGAUGGAGACCCUCCCCCCUUAUGCUAUUCCCUCCAUCUGCAUCCCCGUCGCCAAGACCGCAGGCAGCGAGUCAAUCGAUGUCAAGACUGUCAGCAAGAUGACCGAGCAGGUCACUCUCGCACUCGUCACCCAGCUCCGCAAGUCCUUUGCGAACCUUGAGCGGGUCAUCUCCGAGUCAAUCACCAUGACCCCCAACGAGCGCGCGCUUCUCCCCCUGUGGGCCAAGUUCCUGGCCAUCGACGAGGACAAAAUCUCUCUGGAUGACAACUUCUUCCGCCUGGGCGGUGACUCCAUCGUCGCCAUGCGGAUGGUCUCUGCCCUGCGCCGCGGCGGUUACCGUCUGUCCGUGGCGGACAUGUUCCAGAACAUGAAGCUGCGCGACAUGGCCAGCGCCAUCAUCAACAGCAACCCGGCGCCUGAGAAGCCCGCCAAGGUCUACUCUGCCUUUUCUCUGCUGAACUCGCGAGAUGUCGAGGCUUUCCUGGCCGAGACUAUCCGACCUGCCCUUGCGGACUCAACGUGGAAGAUCCAGGACGUCCUGCCCGUCACCGACACCCAGCAGCGAGACGUCAAGUCGUCGAUUGUUGCGCCCAGGAGCUCCAUGCAGUACAACAUGCUCUACCUGGAAGAGUCGAUCGACACCUCGCUGCUCCUCGAGAGCUUCAGGUCCCUCGUGGCUCAGCACCCUAUCCUGCGUACCGUCUUUGUCCAGCACGAGGCUCAGACCCUGCAGGUGGUGUUAGAGGACAUGACUCUGCCCUUUACGGCGCUCGAGACCGAGGAGCCUGUGGACAAGUUCUGCAAGGAGCUCGCUGAAUCCGACAUUGCCAACGAUACCGCCUUCGCCCUCGGCGCGCCCUUCCUGCACAUCUUUGCCGUCCACGGUGCGAGCGAAAAGGCCUUGAUGAUUCGCAUCUCUCACGCCCAGUAUGACGGUGUUUCCCUGCCUGAGCUCCUGCGCCAGCUCGAGCUGCGAUACCGUGGCGAAGAGGUCCCCGCCUCGACCCCCUUCAACAGCUACAUGCAGCAUUUGGACGAGAAGCGUACCGAAAACCUCAAGUUCUGGCGCAACGUGCUCGAGGGAUCGUCGCCAACCGAGAUCAUUCCCGCCGCGGAUGCCGGCACCAAGACUGCCUUCAUGACCAAGCCCGUCGACGUCUCUGCUCGCUCUCCCGAUACUACUUUUGCCAUGCUCCUCAGCGCCGCCUGGGCCAAGGUCAUGGCUCGCCACCUCGGCAUCUCCGAUGUCACCUUUGGAAACAUUGUCUCCGGCCGUAAUGUCGAGCUCGAGGGCAUCGACGGCAUCAUGGGACCGUGCUACCAGUACAUGCCUGUUCGCGUCAAGUUCGAGGACAACUGGACAGCGACCCAGCUGCUGGACCACGUCCGCAGCCAAUACCUCGAGGGCAGCCAACGCGCAACCGUCGGCUUCCAAGAGCUGCAGAAGGAGUGCAGCUGGUCCGAAGAGAGCACCUUCUUCGGAUCGUUCGUGAACCACCUCGACAAGGAGUUCUUUGACGAGGUUCCCUUCGCCGGCACCAAGUGCCGCGUUGACUACUCCAUCCCCCACCCCGAGCCCGCGACUCCCCCGCGCGUGGUGUCGUAUGUGGAGGCUGGCAACACCUUCGUCGGUAUCGAGGCCGACGAGGAGCGCCGGGAGUUCUGGGAGGCCAGACUGGAGGAGCUGGCUGUUGCCGUGGAAGGAUUCGUGACGAAUCCUGAGGCUAUGUUGUAA